AUGCAGAGUGCCGGGUUGGACUCGGCCUGGAUCGACCAUACCUCUGAGGGAGAGAGCGGGGGGUCCGGGUCUUCGGCGUCUGGGGAGCCUUCGCUCUGCUGGACGCACGAGGGGGGUUCGGAGUACUGCGUCGCCACCUCGGAUGGGGUCUGCGCGGACGUCGCGGACCCCGUCACGGAGGUCGCGGACGGGCAGCUGCCCGACUUCCUGGUGAGGGAGUGGGAGGAGGACGACUACGUGAGGCCGGACUACACGCUGUCGUCCACGGUGGAGGCCCUGCACGGCUGGGUGAGGGUGUCGGGGGACAACGAGUUCGACCUCUCGGAGCGUGACUACGUGAUCGGCAUCAUCCUCGCCGCGGUGCCUGUGUUCAUCUUUGGCUUUAUCGUGGCGUGUUGCUGUCUCCCGGUGGGGCACGUGGCGGCCAGCAGCAAGCAGCACCACCUUGACGGUGGGGGGUUCUUCGGCUGCUUCUGCCCGGCGAGGUGUAAGCGAGGCGACUUCAUGGGUUCGGGCACGCUGGGAGUGGUGGUGUUCUUCACGAUCGUCACCAUCAUCGGGGGUGCGGCGGCCAUCUAUGGGGUGCGAUCUGUCGACGGCCAGCUGGUGAACUUAGUGAGCUCACUGGAGGACAUCGGGCAGGCUAUGGGCGAGGCCCAGACGGGGGUGGAUUCAAUCUACACCCUGCUCACCAACGUGGAGUUGAGCUUCGAGGAGGUUUCGUCGUGCUCUCUCGUUAGCUCCCUCGAGGGUGUCGAAGCGGGCAUCGAAAGCGCCAAGCUUGCGGUUGAAGAGCUCAUCGAAGACGACCAGCUCGGCAGCGUGAGCACCAACAUCCUAGAGCUCGAGGAGGAGUUCAGCAACACCCAGACCACGCGCAGGGGGGUCGUCUACGCUGCCGGCGCCUUGGUGCUGGUGAUGUCGGUGGUGUACGUGUCGGUCGGCUACUACGCGCUGGGCAAGGACGACGGGAGGGGCAAGGCCGGCGGCGCGCGCAUGAGAGGGCCCGUGCUGAUUGGCUGCCUGAUCCUGCCGCUCACCUUGCUGGUGAUCCUGCUGUGCUGGUUCCUGUUCGGCGUGUCUACGUCCGUGGCUCUCCUGACGUCAGACUUCUGUGUCGACCCGUCAGGUCACGCGACGGAAGCCUUCUCGAAACCGGCCGACCAAGAGCUGGUGGCGUACUACACCUCUUGCGAGGGUGCCAACACCUUCUCCGACCAGCUUGUCACGGCCUACCUGCAGGGGUCCGCGGCGCAGGGGCUGCUCGACGCCCUCGAUGACGACGAGUUUGCCACGGAGUGUCCGGACGAGGUCGAAAGCAAGGAGACUCUCGAUGAGAACAUCGUCCUCAUCCUGGCGCAGAUCGACUCCCUCGGCUACCUGGUUCAGUGCGGCAGCGUCAAUCCCUACUUCGUCGAAGGCGUGGAGGAAGCCCUGUGUACCGACGCCCCGGACGCCAUUUGGUUCGUUAUCUGUGGCUUCGCCGUGGUGUCAGUGGGGCUAUUCGUGGUGGCCGUGUCCUUCCGACUGCUGCUCCAACAGAAGGAGGAGGGUCUGUACAAGGUCAUCUUCGAGGACGAGAUCGAGGCCAGCGAGACGUCCUCGUCCUACUCGGGCAGGUCCGACGACAGCUGGUCCCGCGCCCACGACCUGAAGAAGGGUAGCCUGGCCUACGACGGCGGGGGGCGCGUCCAGAAGGGGCAGGAGGGCUCGUCCUCUACGCCAUCCACCCUGCCGUCGUCGACGCCUCAAGGGUUUGGCGGGGGGCACCACGGGGUCGCGGCGGUGGCGGUAAGCAGCAGCGCUUCGAAGGACCUCCGGCAGCAGCAGCAGCAGCAGCAACGCCAGAAGCAGGCGGUGGCAGGGGGCAGGGGGCGGUCGACGCCGGUGGAGCUGGCGACACCGCUCUCGCGCGCAGCGGCGGCCGGCGGCGGCGGCGGGAGAAGUGGCGUUCCUGUUGAAGACUUCCGCCAAGGAGGGGGCUACCAGGAGGCGGCCGGCGCCCGCACGGGGAGGGGGCAGCGGGGGGCGGGGUCUGGUGCCAUCGCGAGAGGGAGGAGCCGCCGCAGCAACGGCAGCAGUGGUAACGGCAGGAGCGGCGGCGGCCACAUCCCUAUGGACAACUUUGCGAGCGGAAGGUCCAGUCAUUCCAAGCUCUUCCGUGCCCUCGCCGGGCUGGACGACCCCGAGGACGAAGCGCCGGCCGUGAUCGUGUCGAGGUACGCCGACCAACGCUCCACCCGCAACCUCGGGGGGCCCGCGGGUGCGACGACAGCCGGAGGAGGAGGAGGAGGAGGGGGGGCGGCGAGCAGAGGCGAGCUCAGCGGCAGCGGUCAGCUCCGGUACGCCUUCGGCCGCGCCAGCAGCGUUGCCGGGGGCGGCGGCUCUCGCAGGAGGAACAACGCCCCGGCCUUCGACGAACACGACGAGGACAGCGACAUGGACGAUGAUUUCAGCGACAGCGACGGGGGCUUCGGGGGGGGAGCGGCGGGCGGCAAGGGAAGAGGGCAGGGGUCACUCGGAGAGCGUUCUUCUAACGGCGGUGGCGGUCGCAAGAAGAGCGGCCGUUUCAGCGGCGGCAGCGGCGUCAGCAGCGCCGGCGUCGUGGCAGGACCGUCGGCGGCGGCAACGGCAACGGCUCACGGGACGUGGGCGGACUUCAGCAGGGACUGCGCCCGCCGCCCGGACGCGCCCACCCUCACCAGCGCGGACAACGCGGAAAUCUUCCGGAGCAGCAGAGAGCUCCGCCGCUCCUCGCACGCCCGGUCGGCGGCGGUAGGCGACGCCGCCGCUGCCGCUCCGGGGUACGAGGGCCGGCGCGGUGUCCCCGGCGGCGGUGGGGGGGCGGCGACGACGACGCGUGGUGACCGUGCGGCGCAGCACGCGGGAGAAUCGAAGCACGAGGACGGCGGGCAAGUUCCUCGUCGGCGCCUGGGCGACGGCGGCGGCGGCGGCGGCGGCGGCGCCCCGGGUACCGCCAAGGCGAGAGCAGCGGCGGUCGUGCCAGCAGGGACGAGGCGGCGGCGGCGGCGACAAGGAGGGUCGCGGCCGUCACGGGAACGGCUCCCACGACGAGCGGCCGCUCCGGCGGCGGCGGCGGCGGCGGUGGUGUGCCUGCGGGCGGAGGAGGCGCGAGCGCGAGGCCGGGGACGAGGAUAAGAGACGCCAUGAAGGACCGUGGAGGAAACGGCGCCGGGCGUGGAUGAGAUACAUGACAUCAACAUGCGUUUUGAAGCGUACGAGGGUGGUUGACGUGUGAGCGGUGGCGGGCGGUGGCGGCAGAGUCAGUCGCCCCAAGCCAGCGAUACCUGCACGACGCAUGAAUGUUUGUCACAACCCCAGGUGUUUUUUUGGAGGGAGAGAUGCGGCUGUGGGGGCAGUGCUACCCACCCCUUGGUAGAAUAGGUCUUUGCGACCAUGCUACAUUUUGUGUUUUGGGCCGUGGCGGCGGUGGAAGCCGCUGCGGCCGGGUACGUGCUGCUUCUUCUGACGGCCGAAGCAAGUACCACGCGGCGCGCUGCUGUUUUUCGAAUCUAUGUUUUCACGUAGAUAGACGACCCUGUUUUCUCCCUGUGGCACGGCUGCCGCUCUUCUCAGCGCCGACGGCAGGCGUCUCCUCCUCCUCCGACUCCGCGUGAGGAUGAAUGAAGUUCGCUCGCUCGCCGACAGUUUUCUUGAGCGUGUCCUACAUGUUUGUGGUUGUGCACUAGUGGUUUUUCUGUACUCUUGUGUAACGAUGGUGGCACUUUAUGAUUGUCGUUGUGAUAUACACCCUUUCGCUGGUGUUGGUCUUUUUUUUUUGCACUAUUUUUUUGGGGGGGCGGGGAUGCGGUUAUUUCGAACCUUUCGAUCCGUGUGGCUAGCCUCCGAUAAACAGUUUCGGUGUUUGUACACAACACGUUGUUCGCAGUAAGGUACAGUAGUGGGGAGACCAGGAAAAAAGGGAAAACGGAAAAUGAAAACAAGCUCAAGUACCGACGUGUACGGCGGCAAUUUUCCGAGAAUGUGAUGAAUGAACGGGCGGUGUGUGGUGGCGUCUAUGUUUGUUGUGGCCAAGAUAGGCUGGGCUGGGCGAGCCUUGGGACGCUCAGCUGCUGCGUAGACGAACGCAGCAAUAAACCACAGGAUUCUUCUUUGUUUCUUUCGUUUUUUGUUUUGUAGUUUGCCGGCGGCGAGAGGCCUGUUGCUUUUUGUCUCUCGCUGUACGUAAGGUGGGUAUUUGUUUGCUUUUUGUGUUGCGUAUCUCUCGCGGUAAAGGUGGGUAUUUGUUUGCUUGUGUUGCUUGUCUCUCUCGCCGUAUGGCGGAUGUUUUGUUUGUUGAAAUUAACUCGUGUGUGUCCCUCCGAAAGCACCCUAUUUUGGUGAUCGAUCUACUAAGUGGUCAGUAUUCAUGUCAAGCGCAAGGCUAAAGACGACGACUGUCGAUAGGGCAAUUCGAUGCCGCGCUAUGAUGGUCAUCCAAGAUCUUCGGAAGGUCCUUGUUCGACUAGUCUGCCCUACUUGAAGAACCUCUCGUGAACGCUGUGGUGGUAAGAGAUGAUAUUAUCCUUUUGUCUUGGUCGGCUUGCUCUAAUAGAGCUUCAAAUACAUUGGGUGCUUCGUUCGGUGCUGCUGUUGUCGCUGUCGCAUCGAAACUCUUGCGUGUUGACAAGUUCGCUUACGGGCGGCGGUUCGCACCAUUUGGUGGCCGCAGUAAUUGAAGGCGAUGGCGAGCUUCGUUCGCGUUGUUUGUGGGCCGUCCGUGUGCAUCCUAUCCUAAGCCUCGUCCUGCAUAAUAUAUGUUGUCGUGGGGGCGGGGGGUAGGUACAGGCAGUAUUUUAAGUUUUUGUGUAAGGUAGUAGGGUGGUCGUGGGUUUGUGUUGUAUUUUGUAACAAACAGAGUCUCGCCGUCGCGCGUUGCAGGGAGGGGAGGGGAGGCAGGGCGCAGCGGGGCGAACGCGCGCUGGACCUUGCCGGGGUGGACAGUGGGCAAGCCGUAACGACUCUCGAGCUGUGGAUAGUGUCCUCUGUCCCGAAGUACAACGGCGGAGGUUUGCGUAUAUGUAACCUGGUUAGUUGGACGCCGAAGAGUAAACAGGUUUUUCAAGGCGCUGCCUCGACAUGCAUGGACGAGGUGUUGCUGUAUGAAGGGAACGCACCUAGCCUUCACAUAAUACGUACGUGGACGAAGCCCUGCUGCGUGUAGGGAAUGCACGAGCGCAUGGAGUCUUGUCGCUCAUUGUGUGUGGAACUCGUGAGGGGCAGAAAUGGAUCAACGCAAAAGCAGAUUGAACUUGGUAGUCUACAGCUUUCCUUUUUCACGCGGGAUGGUCGGUGUCCACGGGAUAACUCUUCGCCAGAGUAUAAAGCAUACUUAUACGGGCAACCUCUUAUUUUGCCGCGAGGUUUACUCUUGGCGUUAACCGAACAGGCACCAGACUUCCUGCGGAGUUUUUUUUCUUCUUUGUAUUGGGCUACAAUCUACAGUAGAUGGGUCCGGUUGUUGUCUGAUUCAAGCACGUGCGUCUCGAAAAAAGUGUACCUCGAAACAUUUGUGUGUGAUCCGGUGGAAACCGGGCAUAGGUAGGUAUUU